ACCAAGCAGACGGUCCACCUCGACAACAGGCUCACAACACACAACCCAUCACAGCAACCAUGACGAUAAACCUACUCCCCCGCCUCAGCGCACGAUGCGCCCUCAAAACAAUCUCCAAGACCACAUGCGCCGCCGCACCCCUCACAACAACACCAACAAGAAGCUUCUUCUCGGCGCCGCCCUACCCACCCACAAACCGCGACAUGCCCUCCCACCCACCCCGCGCCGCAAUGCCCAUGCCCUUUGUCACCGAAACCGUCGGCGGCGGCUGGCACACCUAUGACAUUUUCUCUCGCCUGCUAAAAGAACGCAUCAUCUGCCUGAACGGCGAAGUCGACGAAACAAUCUCCGCAAGCAUCGUAGCACAAUUGCUGUUCCUUGAGGCCGAUGCGCCGCAAAAGUCUAUUUCACUCUACAUCAACAGUCCGGGUGGUAUGGUGACGGCUGGCUUGGCCAUCUAUGAUACCAUGACGUAUAUCCGCAGUCCCGUUAGCACGAUAUGCAUGGGUCAGGCUGCGAGUAUGGGAAGUUUGCUGUUGUGUGGUGGUGCUGAGGGGCAGAGGUAUACAUUGCCGCAUAGCAGGAUCAUGAUUCAUCAAGUCAGCGGUGGCUAUCAAGGUCAGGCAUCCGAUAUCGCCAUCCAUGCAAAGGAGAUCUUGCGUGUGCGCGAGCAGCUCAACGAGAUCUACCUAAGACAUUUGACCAAGAAGCAUACCAUGGAAGAGAUUCAGAAAUAUAUGGAGAGGGACUACUUCAUGAGUGCGAAGGAGGCAUUGGAGUUCGGUAUUGUGGAUAAGAUCUUGGAGAGGAGAGAGCAGGUCGGAGAGGGAAGAUGAAGCAUACACAAAUAUCAGAUGCCUCUGUGAGGCUAUCAGGAAACCGUUUUCCGCCGCUCGGUGGUGCAAGUCACCACCAAGGCUUUUUCUCGCUACGACGCCUCGUCCUCAUAUGUGUAAUGAGCCAAUCACCCACAAACCUGUAGAAAUGUACAACACUCUCGACACCGAGAACAGUAAUUCAUGGAGAUCUCCCUGUCGAUGAUCCUGGUCACAAAGCGGUCUUUGAACAUUCUUUCAUACCGACACGGGAGAAGAGCGCAAAUCCGGCAUCUAUGAAACUAUACCCUUCCUCAUCAUGAUCACCACGAUCUGUUUCAAAAUCCACCCCCACCCAGCCCACAGCUCAACCACCAGGACGACAUCUCUGACAAGGCAAUAUCUGCCCUUAGCCCUCGGUAGACCAAGCGCAUGAGAUUCACAAGGCUGAGACAAC